AUGUAUUCUUUAAAAACCACAUCCUCUCCACCAUCCUCUCCACCAUCAGCCUCAUCCUCUGCUUUUACAACCACAAAAAUUGAUAAACCUUCCCUGCCUCCUACCACACCAAGAAGGAAGUCCAUAGUAGUGUCCGAUGAAGUAAUAAUCAAUAGUAUUGUUACCGCCUCAUACAAACAAUCAUCAUCUGAUCAAAUCAAUGGAAAUCGUUCAUCGUAUUCUUCAAUAAAAAUAAAUCCUCAUACUAAAGAAAUUUUUGUUGAACCUUCUCUUGCUGAAGGUACUCCCCUAUUAAAAGUUUCCGCAAAGAAGAAAAAACAAAAGAUUUUUAGAAUCGAUGUAGGUCAAGUCAACAUCGAAAAUAUCAAAGAGCUUCGGGUUGGUGAAGCAAUAAGAAGUUAUAGAGAACAAUUUAAGCUCAGUGUGGACUGUGAAUCACGAUGGUUCACUAUUGUUUAUAUUGAUUCAGGAAAAUAUAAAACACUUCAUCUUGUUGCUCCAACACCUAAAUUGUUUAAUACUUGGGUGGACAACUUGGAGAAACUUUAUUUGCACAGAAAAGAUUUAAUGGGUGGUUUGGGCCAUUUGAGAAAACGUCAGGCUGUUUGGUUAAAACAACAUUGGAAACAAGCGAAUAAAGAUGGCGAUUCAAAAUUAGGGUUUGAUGAGGUGGUUAGAUUGUGUCGUCAAUUAAAUAUUAACAUGUCAAAAGCAUCUUUAAGAAAACAAUUUGAUGAGUUAGAAUAUGAAAAUUUAUACUUAAAAUUUUGUAAUAAAAAUACAAAAGAAAUGACAUUAGAGGGUUUUAGUAGUUUUAUGAUGUCAAGUGAUAAUCCUACAUUUUCAUCAGAACAUGCAAAAGUUUAUCAAGAUAUGGAUCAACCUUUAUCACAUUAUUUUGUAGAUUCCUCUCAUAAUACAUAUCUUCUUGGCCAUCAAUUAACAGGUGAAUCAUCCGUAGAAGGUUAUAUACGCGUAUUACAAAGAGGAUGCAGAUGUGUUGAAAUUGAUUGUUGGGAUGGGCCUGACGGACCUGUAGUCACACAUGGUCGUACUUGGACGUCUAAAAUUUUAUUUCAAGAUGUCAUAUCAGUUAUUCGCACUUAUGCAUUUAAAGCUAGUCCUUAUCCACUCAUUUUAUCACUUGAAGUUCAUUGUUGUAUUGAACAACAAGGCCAAAUGGCCUUUAUACUAAGUAAUCUUUUAGGAGAAAGCUUGGUCACUAAAUUCCUAUACGAUAAUGAAACAACGUUACCAAGUCCUAAAAGUUUGAUGCAUAAAAUUAUAUUAAAGGGAAAACAUCUUCCAUCAGAUGCUCCCGAUGAUUUUUUUGGUGAUUCUACUACUGAUACUGAAUCAGCUACCGAUAACGAAUCAGAUGUUGAAUCAUCAAAAAAUGAUAAAAAACCAAAGGACAAACCAAAAAAGGAAAAAACUCGUGUUGCAAAAGCGCUUUCUGAUUUAAUAGUUUAUUGUUCAGCUACCAAAUUUAGAGGAUUUGAGUAUCAUCGUGAAAAUUCAUCAUACUAUCAUAUGUCAUCUUUUUCUGAGAAAGUUUCCACACGUCUUUUAAAAUCAGAAAAAUCGGCAUUCAUUCGACACAACACAAAACAUCUAUCACGGAUUUAUCCUGCAGGUUUUCGAAUAAAUUCAUCAAAUUACGAACCACAUCAUCAAUGGAUAGUUGGUAGUCAAUUGGUUGCAUUGAAUUGGCAAACAUUUGACCUUGGAAUGCAGAUUAAUCAAGCUAUGUUCGCUGUGAACGGUAGGUGCGGAUAUGUUCUCAAAUCAGAUAGAUUACGUAAUCCAGAUUUAUGUUUAUCAUCGGAUCAACCAAAACCAAGAACCUUAUCAAUAGAGAUAAUUUCAGCUCAACAGCUUCCCAAACCAAAAGAAGCAACUAAAGGAGAAAUAAUUGAUCCGUUCGUUGAGGUUACGCUGUUAGUUCCAAAUUCUGAGGCCGUAAUAAAAAAAACUAAAACAAUAUCAGACAAUGGAUUUAAUCCAAUAUGGAAGGAGAAGUUAUCAUUUACAAUUGAAUGUGAAGAAAUUGGCCUGGUUUUUUUACGAUUUUGUGUUUUUGAUGAGGAUGUUAGAACGAAUGAUUUCAUAGCAUAUUAUUGUACACCUUUAACUAGUUUACAAAUGGGUAGGAUGUGA